CAGAACCUCUCGACAGAGAUAAAUGGACUAACACAGCUCAGUGAGAAAGAAGACAGAGUAUUUCUCUUUCCAGGGUUAAUGAUUUUAGACAUUGAAAAUGACACAGUACGCACCUCCCCUGCUAUUGAUGCUCCUUCUAUGGCCUGUGAGCUCAACUUUCCAGCCUGCCCUGGUGUUAGAAUUGGCAAAGAUUCUACUGGAUAACUAUUGCUUUCCUGAGAACCUGGUUGGGAUGCACGAGGCCAUUCAACAAGCCAUAAACAGCGGAGAAAUCCUGAGGAUUUCAGACAGGAAGACUCUAGCCGCUGUGCUUACAGUUGGAGUACAAGGGGCACUGAACGAUCAAAGGUUGGUUGUCUCAUACGAGCCAAAUUUCAUGCCACCAAUGCUACCAUCUCUACCAAAAGAACAGCUGUCCCGGCUGAUGAGAAACUCUGUCAAGCUGGACACUCUUGACAACAAUGUUGGAUAUUUGCGGAUGGAUUGGAUCAUUGGAAAAGAGACAAUAGCAAAGCUUGGCUCUCGGCUGAGGGACAACAUCUGGGACAGAGUUGCUGAAACAUCCUCAUUGAUCUUCGACCUCAGGUAUUGCACAGCUGGAGAAUCGUCUGGGGUUCCCAUUAUAAUCUCCUAUUUCUCAGACCCUGACAUCCUCAUUCAUAUUGACACUGUGUAUGACAGGCCCUCAAAUACCACCAGGGAACUAUGGACAAUGCCAUCAGUAAUGGGUAAAAGGUAUGACAGGAAGAAAGAUGUAAUCCUUUUGACCAGUAAACGCACAAUCGGUGCUGCUGAGGCAGUGGCAUAUGCGUUAAAAAAUCUCAAGAGGGCCAUUGUUGUCGGGGAGAGGACUGCUGGGGGGUCAGUAAGUGUCCAAAAGAUAAGAAUCGCUCAGACAGAGUUCUACAUAACAGUUCCUGUGGCCAGAUCAAUAAGUCCAAUCACAGGCCAGAGCUGGGAAGUUCAUGGAGUUUCCCCAACUGUCAAAGUCAACGCCAAGGAAGCUGUGGUAAAAGCAAAGUCCCUUCUAGCUAUAAGGAAAGCCAUUCCAAAAGUUGUGCAGAAUAUCUCAGAUGUAAUCGGGAGGUUCUACGCUUUCACUGAUAGGGUUCCGAGUCUUCAGCAACGUCUUCAAUUAACAGACUUAUUUUCUGUGGUAUCCAAAGAGGACCUAGCUGCCCGACUCAACGAGGAGCUCCAGACGGUGUGUGAAGAUCCAAGACUCAACAUCAAAUACAACCAAGACGAUGCUCCUACAGAAGAGGAGGACCCUGAACUCUACAAUGGACUCAGUCAUGUGGCGUUAUUGACAGAGCUGGUAGACACAACUUUCAAAGUGGAAAUUCUCUCACAUAACACUGGCUAUCUUUGCUUUGACAAGUUUGUCAAGUCGUCUUCUUCGGGUGAACUAGAAGAGCUCAUGGCUAAAAAGGUAUGGGAACCCCUCAAGGACACUAACAAUCUGAUUAUUGACCUUCGCUUUAACACAGGUGGGUCCUCAACCUCUUUGUCCCUAAUACUGUCCUACUUGCAAGACAGAUCUAAGAAACAUCACUUUUUCACGAUAUAUGACAGAAUUCAGAACAUAUCCACAGAAUAUGACUCUUUGCCUCUAAUAACAGGCCCAACCUAUGGCUCCACACGUGGGGUUUAUGUUUUGACCAGCUACCACACAGCAGGUGUUGGCGAAGAGUUUGCCUACCUGAUACAGUCCCUACAUCGUGGCACAGUUGUUGGGGAAAUUACAUCUGGUAACCUGAUGCACUCAAAGACAUUCCCAAUAGAUGGCACAGAUAUAGCCAUCACUAUCCCUUUCAUUAACUUUUUAGACAACAAUGGUGAAUGUUGGCUUGGAGGUGGUGUUGUCCCAGAUGCCAUUGUGCUAGCUGAGGAAGCUGUGGCCAAUGUUUAUGAGAUUGCUGAUUUUCACCAAGGACUCAGGUUCCUCCUAGAGAGAACUGGAGAAAUGUUUGAAAAAUAUUAUGCAAUCCAUGAGGUUGCACUUACUGUCGGCAAGGAACUGUUGAGCAAAUGGGAUGAGGGAUUAUACUGGUCUGUGGUCGACUUUGAAUCUUUGGCCUCUCAGUUGUCGGUCGACAUCCAAGAGACUUCAGGUGAUCACCGCAUUCAUGUUUUUCACUGCAAUGUCGAGCCCGAGGCGCCUCAUAAUGUCCCAAAGAUCCCUACUGCUGAAGAAGUGGGUUACAUGAUUGAUGCUUUGUUAAAACUUGAUCUCCUACCAGGUAAUGUUGGCUUUCUAAGGUUUGACAUGAUGGCAGAUGUAGAGGUGGUGAAAGCCAUCGGGCCUCAGCUGAUAAAACUAGUUUGGAGCAAGAUAGUAAACACAGACGCCCUCAUUAUUGACAUGAGGUACAACACUGGUGGAUAUUCAACAGCAAUUCCUCUCUUGUGCACCUAUUUCUUUGAUGUUGAACCUUUGCAGCAUAUUUACACAGUCUUCGACCGCACCACAAACACCAUGACAGAGGUAAUGACAUUGCCACAAGUGAUGGGCCAAAGGUAUCCACCGUCCAAGGAUGUCUACAUUCUCACCAGUCAUAUGACAGGGUCAGCAGCAGAAGUGUUCAUGCAAGCAAUGAAGGAUCUUAAUAGGGCCACAGUCGUUGGGGAGCCAACGAUUGGAGGGUCUUUAUCAAGUGGAACCUAUCAGAUCGGAGACAGCGUCCUAUACGCUUCCAUCCCUAAUCAGGUUGUGCUAAGUGCGAUUACUGGUAAAAUGUGGAGUACUUCAGGGGUUGAGCCUCAUGUCAUUGUCCAAGCCAAAGACGCCCUUCCUGCAGCUCAAAGAAUGAUAGCAGCAAGACUGCAGAGCAGAGAGCAGAGAAAGUAGUUCCUUAUUUUGUGUUAUGAUUUUAUGUAGAACGAUUAUUUAGCCGAUGUACAGUAAUGUCGGAUCAUUGUUUCAUGUGUGGCAGUAUUUGCGUCCUCGUAGUUAAUGAACUGGUCAAGCUGUUCUCUUCAAACGGCUAAUGUUCAUAAAGCUGUCUUGCCCUGUCAUCUAGUUAUCUAGUAAUGCUAUUUAAGGCAUUGUUGUUUGCUCAUAUUUUCCUACAGUUUUCCAACUUUCAACUUUAUUGUCCCAGAGGGGAAAUGUUGGUAUGCAGCCAGGUGAAAACAAUAUAAAAAAACAUUUAGAAACCCAGGCACAUGACAACAGAAACAACAUACACCGUGAACAACAUUGAAUACAUAAAUACAAGAGUUCCUUAACAAUGCCGAUUGUAUGAUGUUUUCAUCCACACAGAAUUGUACUGAAUAUUUAAUAAUGACACAUGUCAUUACAGUGGGGAAUUUAUAAGCUGUGGAUCAAAUCUCAAAUCCACCAAUAUCCACUCUGCAAACUGUUAAAAGAGAUUUCAAUGUUAAACAACACAUCGACAUUAAAACAUUAUAGACAUAGUUGUAUAUAUGUAUUGUAAACUAAUUAUUAUGCUCUGUUAAGUAAGCUAUAAUACACUCUUUGUAUUUAUCAAUUACCUUAUAUAUCCCAACCUGUAUGUUUUAUUUUUCCAUCAUUUAAAACAGAUUUUUCCUCCUCUGUUUAAUAAUUUCAGUUGAUUCAAUUUAAAGUAUUU